GGUUCUUUUUUUCUUUCUGCAAUCGGUCGUCGUCGUUGUGCUUAAACCCUUACCGGAAUGGAGCCGCCGGCGAAAGGAACGGUGACGCCGUUAGGAUUUUCAGAGGAGGAUGUUCGAAAAGCAGCAAGUUACAUGGAGGAGAAAAUCGGAGAGAAGCGAGUAGAGAUGAAUCGUCUUCAACAGUACGUCGACGAAAACGAUAAUCUCAUCAAUCUCGUCAAGAAGCUUCCCGAUCAGCUUCAUCACAACGUUAUGGUUCCAUUCGGUAAAAUGGCUUUUUUCCCAGGUCGAUUGAUUCACACCAACGAGUGUUUGGUGUUGUUGGGAGAGAAUUACUAUACUGAUAGAUCAUCGAAACAAACUGUUGAUUUCCUGAAGAGAAGAGACAAGACUUUACAGUCUCAAAUUCAUUCUCUUAAAGCUGAGAUUGAAGAUCUUCAAACGGAGGCUUCAUUCUUCACUACAACUGCUUCUGAAGUAGCGGAUGGACUUGUUGAGAUAAGAGAAGAGUAUGUAGAAGAAGAUUCUUCUGCACCUGUUGUGAUACAUUCAAGUGAAAAAGAGCCUUGUAAUCUUUCUGAAGGAGAGACUGAAGAAGGUGAACUUGAAGACGAUGACUUUGCAAGAAUCAUGGCCAGGUUGAAUGAACUUGAAAUAGAGGAAGAACUGGAGGGUGAAGAUGGGGAUAGUAGAGGUGAAGAUCCUGAUUCUUCAGUAGAAAGUGUGGAACAGAUCCAGCAUGAUUUGGUGAAAGGAAGUAGAGGUGAGACAGACCGUGGUAGGGUUGAAUACGGGAAACAAGAAACUACCAUAUCUGUUCCUAACAAAGCUUCCGGUCAUAGCUCUUCACCGAGGGUCUCAGAGCCAAGGGUCGAAGCCAAAAUUAUUCAAGUGUUACCAGAGACACAUCCACACAAAGAUCUAGAUGAUCCGCUGAAUCGUAUCCGACCAAUGGCACAAUAUCUUUCCAAAGAAGGUCAAUCACGUGGCGGAACCCCUCAGCAAAACGCUGAAACAUGGAAAGACUUUCGAACGAAUGCAAAAACCAAUGUUUUAGGACCACAAAAGAUUGAGCCACAGAAGCCAGAGCCCGAGUUUGAUUCUACCAAGGCUUUUACUGGAUCAAUCGUAGAGCAUGCCCAUAUUCUAGAGACCAGCGCACACAGCCAAACGCAGUCUUCUACGUCUCAACCGUCUAAACCAGUGUCGAGAUUCAGGGCGAAGAGAAGGUAGCCAGUCAGCUCUGUGUACAAUUUUUUGUUGAGUUGCCUUUAUGAUAUGUAAGAAGUAAGAACACAUGCAAAUGUGCGCAACCUUGUAAGCUUACUCUAUAUACAGUUAAUUAACAAAAUCUACAUAAAAAAAUCUGACAUUGUUACUUG